AGAAUGGGGAAUAUUUAAGCCUAUAUAAACUAUCACACAGAACUUUCAUUCACUUAGGAUUUAGAUGAUUAAAUUCACUUUUGCGAGACGAUAUCUCAUCCUUCAUUAGGAAAAAUAUAAAUAUGGAAGACUAAGGAAAACUCAUCAUUAAAACUAUUUUCAUUUGUAAAAUUUAUGAAUAAAUCUAGACAAGACAUGUUUAUCACUCUGAUUCUACAUUAUUGUAGAUUCAUUAAUAGAGAUGUUCAUUGUAACAUCCAAAUUUACUUUAAUACUAUGCAUGCACAUAGACAGAGCCAUCAUUUUGUGGAAGCGUUGAAAGUCAGAAUUUUUUCUUUGAAUAUCAACCCUGCACUCUUUAGAAAGUUUUAGAUGAACGAACAGGGUCAUUUCCAGAAAUUGAUAUUUGGAAGGUAAAAUUAUGAAAUAUAAUAUGAAAGUUCUUAGAAUAAUUGGUUGAUGUAUUGGAUUACUUGGAGGAAAAUCAAUGUGUUCAUGGUAACAUUGGUAUUGAAAAUAUUUUUGUAAAGGAGGAUGGCACAAUUAAAAUUUUAGAUUCUUUUAAUAAAUAAUUAACUGAUUAUUUAUUAAAAUAGGAUGUUUAUGAUUUAGCCUCAGUCAUAAUCGAACUUAUGACAAAAUAAAGUAUUUUACAAGUUUAUAAAAUUUAGAAUUUCAUAAAUAAUACAAAGAAACCCUAAAAUCUUUAACAGAUCAAUAUUCCCUUUAAUUAUUAUCCAUCUUAGCAAGAAUGCUCAGCAAAAACCCAGAUAAACGACCUAGAUUUAAAGACUUAUCAGUUUCAAUCAAAAAUAGAGCUACUCAACCUAUUUAAGAGAGUCAAAAUAUGGAAUAAGUUUAGCAAUCCUUUCAUACCAUAUAAAACUUGAAUGAGACAAGCUCUAAAAAUAUAUUAAUCUAGAACAACACCUAUACAUAUAUUUUAGAUAAUACAAUCAAAUAUUAUCCAAAAAAAGUGUGUCCUGAACUCAAAUUUCCUAUAAAUUAAAUUUAAUUUGUGAAAAAAAAGAAUCAUUUGGUGGGGGCAGGACAAUUUAAGGUUGAUUAUUAAGAAAUUAAAAGCGAUAUUGUUGAUAAGAAUAAUCAACCAAGUCUGCAUGGUUCUUAAGCUUCUACAGUAGGUAGUCACCAUAGAUCCUUUUUGGAAACCUAUAGAGGAAAUAUUAUUGCCACAAAAUAGCCAAGUUGUUUAAAUAAAAAAAAUAUUUAAAAAUAAAAUAGCUUGGACUAAAAUAUUUUUAUCUAAGAUGAUUUAAACAAAACGAGCUCUACUUUUUACUGAAUAACUG